CGCUGGAGGAAGGGGCCGUAGGGGUGCUAGAGAAGAAGCAAGACACCGGGGAGACCAUCGAGCUGACGGAGGAUGGGAAGCCCCUGGAGAUGCCUGAGAAAAAGGCCCCGCUGUGCGACUGCACGUGCUUCGGCCUGCCACGUCGCUACAUCAUUGCCAUCAUGAGCGGCCUGGGCUUCUGCAUCUCCUUCGGCAUCCGCUGCAAUCUGGGCGUGGCCAUCGUGGACAUGGUCAACAACAGCACCAUCCACCGCGGGGGCAAGGUCAUCAAGGAGAAAGCCAAAUUCAACUGGGACCCGGAAACCGUGGGGAUGAUCCACGGGUCCUUCUUUUGGGGCUACAUCAUCACCCAGAUUCCGGGCGGCUACAUCGCGUCUCGGCUGGCAGCCAACAGGGUUUUUGGAGCUGCCAUACUUCUUACCUCUACCCUGAAUAUGCUAAUCCCAUCAGCAGCCAGAGUGCAUUAUGGGUGUGUCAUCUUUGUUAGGAUAUUGCAGGGACUUGUUGAGGGCGUCACCUACCCAGCAUGUCAUGGGAUUUGGAGCAAAUGGGCCCCUCCUCUGGAGAGGAGUAGAUUGGCAACCACCUCCUUCUGUGGUUCCUAUGCUGGAGCUGUGAUUGCAAUGCCUUUAGCUGGCAUUCUUGUGCAGUACACUGGCUGGUCUUCAGUAUUCUAUGUCUAUGGUAGCUUUGGAAUGGUCUGGUACAUGUUUUGGCUUUUGGUGUCUUAUGAGAGUCCUGCAAAGCAUCCUACUAUUACAGAUGAAGAACGUAGGUACAUAGAAGAAAGCAUUGGAGAGAGUGCAAAUCUUUUAGGUGCAAUGGAAAAAUUCAAGACUCCAUGGAGGAAAUUUUUUACAUCUAUGCCGGUCUAUGCAAUAAUUGUUGCGAACUUCUGCAGAAGCUGGACUUUUUACUUAUUGCUGAUUAGUCAGCCAGCGUAUUUUGAGGAAGUCUUUGGAUUUGAAAUCAGCAAGGUUGGCAUGCUAUCUGCUGUGCCACACUUAGUGAUGACAAUUAUUGUGCCUAUUGGAGGGCAAAUUGCAGAUUUCCUAAGAAGCAAGCAAAUUCUCUCAACUACCACAGUAAGAAAGAUCAUGAAUUGUGGUGGUUUUGGCAUGGAAGCAACACUGCUUUUGGUGGUCGGCUAUUCUCAUACUAGAGGGGUAGCUAUCUCCUUCUUGGUACUGGCAGUGGGAUUCAGUGGAUUUGCUAUAUCUGGUUUCAAUGUUAAUCACCUGGAUAUUGCUCCAAGAUAUGCCAGCAUCUUAAUGGGCAUUUCCAAUGGCGUUGGCACAUUGUCAGGAAUGGUUUGCCCUAUCAUUGUUGGUGCAAUGACAAAGAAUAAGUCACGUGAAGAGUGGCAGUAUGUCUUCCUGAUCGCUGCCCUAGUCCAUUAUGGCGGAGUUAUAUUUUAUGCAAUAUUUGCCUCAGGAGAGAAGCAACCCUGGGCAGACCCUGAGGAAACAAGUGAAGAAAAAUGUGGAUUUAUCCAUGAAGAUGAGCUCGAUGAAGAAACAGGGGACAUUACUCAAAAUUAUAUAAAUUAUGGUACCACCAAGUCUUACGGUGCCACAACACAAGCCAAUGGAGGUUGGCCCGAUGGUUGGGAAAAGAAAGAGGAAUUUGUACAAGAAGACAUACAAGACUCAUACACCUAUAAGGAUCGAGAUGAUUAUUCAUAACAAAGCUAAUUGCUGGAUUUAUUUUUAGUGUUUGUGAUUAAGUUAAUUGUGAUUGCACAACAAUUUUAAAAAUAUGUGGUGUAAACAUGUAAACAUAUCAACCAGGCAAGUCUUGCUGUAAAAAUGAAAUCAAAACAAACUCAUGAAGUUACCAUCAAGUGCAAUCUGUAGAAGUUGUGAAAUUCCAUCAUUUCCAUUCAGGUCAUCUAUUCUUGCGUUUGUGAUAUAAAGGUUGACUGGUCAAAACUAUAGAAGCAAGUAGUUACUCAUUGGUUUCAUCUGAGCUAAAGCUCAUCACCAUUUAAUGAAGCACAACUAAAACAGUUGGCACAUUUCAUCCUACAAAGGUUAGGAAGCCAAAGCUACUUUAUCAUGUAAAAUGCACUUAUAUAUUUGUUACACUGUAUUGCGAGAUCUCACACAGAAGUCCUGUUAAAAAAAAGUCAAGUUGUCAUGCUGGCUGCAUCAGAUGUUGACAACGUUUAUUGAGUGUAAAUCAUGAAGUUGGGAUAUCUCUCAAUUAGAGAAGGAUACUAUAGGCUAGCAACUAGCAAGGUGUACUAAAUAAUUAUUGUUAUUACAUAAUGUGGAAUAUUUUGUUGGUUAUCAAAAGGAAUCUUGCAGUGUUUUAUAUCAAAUAUUUGGGCACAAACACUUAUUCUAUCUGAGAAAGAACUUGUAAAGUGAGGGGUAUGCUUCACGUUCUUCCAUUCAUUUACCUAACAGUAUACAACACUUCACAUUUCAAGAAAAUCUGACUUUUCAUGUAGCAUAUCACAUAACUUUUUUGCAAAAAAUAUAAAAAAUAAAUAGACUUCAAUGUAUUUUUUAUUACAACUUUGUACAGGUUGUAACUUGCAUUGGAAAAAAAAUGCAAUCACCAUGAAGAAUCUAAUAAGAAAUUUACUAUGGAAAUAUAGCCCUGAAAAUGCAAUAUUAACAACAAAAGAAAUAAAUGGUUUAGAUAUUCUUCUUCCUUAAUAAUUAAAUACUAUAUGAAACUUGUGCCACAGAGCUAUAUAUGUAAUAUAAAAAUGAUAAAUUUAAUAGAGAGACUGUAAGUAGACAAUUUUAUUAUUUAAAGUCCCAUU